AUGUCUAAACACGGACUCGCCCUACAAUCAUUCACAACAGAAUUGGUUAACUGUUUGGAAAAUUUAAAAACUAAACGGGAAGAGCUUCAAAUAAUAAUAGAUCUCGAAGAAUUGGAAAAGGCUAAAUUACAAGCGGAAAUCGAAUGUUUAUCAAAUAGAUUAUCUGUUAUAAUGACGAGUCUAACGAAAAAAACAGCUGCGAGAGCGGAUUUUGACAGGGCGAUAUCCGAAUCGGAAACGGCACUAUGUCGUCUAUUAGAAAAUUCACAACUCGUUGUUAACAACGUGAGAAGAGAAAUAUCGACUCUGUCGGGAGAUGAAAUUAUGAAAACAUCAGCAACUUGUCCUUCGGGACAAACGCAAUUUUGUCUUAUUGAUGCACCCGAUGCGUGUCAACAAGCUGUACCACCGGGUGGCGUUGUUACGGGAGGAGGUAUGCCGCAGCCACCCGUUGCUGUCGGUAUAACAUGCAGAUCAGCUAACGGCCUUUAA